AUGAUGUGUUUGUGCAAUCAUCUGAAUUCAGUUCUUCGUGAACCAGUAACUCCUGAUGACAUUUGGAAGAAACUGGAUACACUUUUCAAUAUGGAAGAACUGCAUGAAUCUGAAGGGAACCCUUUUCAAGGUAAAAUGCAAGAAUUUAGUCUACCGGAGGAGUUUGAUUCAUUGAAGGAAUUGCCGUUUCCCCGUGUUAUUCACCGAAGCGAUACAGCUACACGGAAAUCUUCAAUUUUAGAUACUUCUAAUCGAAAACGAAUAAGAAAGUCGGUACGCUGGGCUAACAUUCUUACAACUUCAGAUGAUGUGGUUCAAACACCGAGUAAAUCAGCAGUCACUCCCGCUGUAGGUGUUGGCAGUUCACGCAAAAGGAGGCGCUGACACUUGUGUG